GGGCCCAAACCCAAAUCGUUUGGGCCUCCAUUCUUCGAUCCCAUCCCAAAGCAAAGAAAAUGCGGCAAUAUUUUCAUCCUCGAAUAAAAUGAUUUAAUUUUCCAGCUGAGUACCACAAUGAUCUGAACAUAUCAGGGAAAAAUUUAUCAUACGAAACCUCCACCUCUGUUUUUCCCUCCCACCCUUUCUGCAAUUCAGCAGAGCUUUGAAGCAGAUCAUAAGAAGCGCACUGCUUUCUCUCGCUCUCUCGAGCGCGAUGGGUUACGAAAACGAUCCGUACAUCGAUGAAGAUGGAGAGCCAUUGAUGGACAUGGAGGAACAGAUUGACUCCGAUCAGGAUGAGCCGCAGCACCAGCUCUUUGACGACGACAUUGAAGACGACGACGAUUGGCGACAGCGCGACCGGUCUCCAACCCCGGUCUACAACGACUCCGAGCCGUCCGAUCUGAAGUCGAAGCCGCGGAAGAGGCUGAUCAAGAAGAGCGCCGCUAAAGAGCGUGUUCUUGAGUUCGCCGACGACGAGUACGAUCCGUCGGCUGCGGCGAUCGUGAGGGAUGACUUGGACGAACCCUCGCCCUCCCCGCCGGGGAAGAGGAAGAUGGGAAAGGAGGAUUGGGGUGGCGAGAGGAGGAGGAAGAAGGAGAAGGGGAUGAAAGAGAGGAGGCAUGGGAGUGGGAAGGAUAAGUUAGGGUUGAAGAAGGGUAUGGGGUCAUCGAUGCGGUCGAAGAAUCACGGUGAUGAUCCUGAGGAGAUGAAGGAGAUGUGGGACACAAUUGCUGGACAUGAUUCUGAGGAUGAUCAAGAAGGUGCUAGGACUAUGGAUGACGAUAACUUCAUAGAUGACAGUGGUGUGGAUCCUGCUGAUCGGUUUGGAAGUGACAAUGAAGCACGUUCUCCUGGUCCUGCCCCUCAGGCUUCUGAGGGUGAAGAGGAUGAGGAAAUACAACAGCUCUUCAAGAUGGGUAAGAAAAAGAAGAAAAAUGAGAAAAGUGCUGCGGAAAUUGCAUUACUGGUUGAGAGAAUUAUGGCUGAGCUUGAAGUCACAGCUGAAGAAGAUGCAGAAUUGAAUAGACAAUCAAAACCUGCCAUUAAUAAGCUUAAAAAGCUGCCUCUUCUAACUGAGGUCCUUUCAAAGAAACAGCUUCAACAAGAAUUCAUAGAUCAUGGUGUGCUCACUCUUUUAAAGAAUUGGCUUGAACCCCUUCCAGAUGGAAGCUUGCCCAAUAUAAAUAUCCGUGCUGCUAUACUGAAGAUAUUGACUGAUUUUCCAAUUGAUUUAGAGCAAUUUGAUAGAAGGGAGCAACUGAAGAAGAGUGGCCUUGGAAAGGUCAUAAUGUUUUUAUCAAAGUCUGAUGAGGAGACCACAUCCAAUCGAAAACUUGCUAAGGAUUUGGUUGAUAAAUGGAGUCGACCGAUAUUUAACAAGAGCACAAGGUUUGAGGACAUGAGAAAUUUUGAUGAUGAAAGGGUUCCCUUUCGAAGACCAUCUGUGAAGAAGCCUGUAAAUAAAGCAGCAGGACUAUCAUCUAGAGAUGAUGAUCUUGAUUUGGGUCAAUUUUCACAGGAACCAAAGUCUAGUCAAUCAUCGUCCAGGCAACAUGCUUCAAGGCCGGAAGCAAUGUCAAUGGAUUUUGUGGUACGCCCGCAAUCCAAGGUUGAUCCAGAUGAGGUUAGAGCCCGAGCCAAACAAGUUGUACAGGAUCAGCGUCGUUUGAAGAUGAAUAAGAAGUUGCAGCAGUUGAAAGCACCGAAAAAGAAACAGCUUCAGGCAACAAAAGUCAGCGUGGAGGGUCGUGGCAUGGUCAAAUACUUAUAGUACUACUGGUACCAUGUUUGCUGCCAAUUUGAAGCGCAAAGUUUGCGUGGGGCUGGAAGGAAAUCCUCAGCGUUUAUGCAUGCAAUGCAAUGGUGGUAUAAACAAUCUGCUAGUGGGACAGCCACUGCUUCAAAUAUGCGUCUGAGCGUACUGGCAUUUUCAUUUUUCGUACAGGCUUCAGAAGCCUGUUAUUGGCAUGAGCAUGUUUGGUUACGAAGGAGCUCAUUAUUACUGGUAGAAGCAGAAUUUCGACAACUAUGGAGUUUGUAAUUUAGUAAUGAAUUUGUUCCAUUAUAAAGAAGUCUUGCUUGGGGCCGAAGUGUUCAAAUAAUUUGUCCACAAAUAAGUAUGCUUUGUUAUAUCAUCAGUGGAACAUAGUGAAAGAAGUGUUGCUUGGGGCCAAUAAUCUGUCCACAAAUAAGUAUGCUUUGUUACCAUCAAUGGAACAUAGUGCUUUACUUUUUA